AUGGAGAACAACGAAGCCUUUGAAGCUGAGGUGGAAGCCGAGACCCUCAAUUUGGCUAGACAUCAGCAGCGACCUGUAUCUACAGCGCCAGAUGCCUUCCUUGCAACCUCUGUUGGUGCCUCCGGCCGAGAGCACGGUGAAAAUGAUCCUUUGCUUGGGCAUAGAAAGGUCCGCAGCUCGGACGACGACUCGCAAUCGUCAACAUGUUCGAGCGAUAAGGACUUUGAAGGUGUGCCAUGGUACCGGACACCUUCUAUAUGGUGGCUGCUACCGUCAUUUGCUCUUUUCACAAUGGCCUUCGGGGCCACGAUUGUGCUGAAAAUCAACGUCAUACUCUCCCUCGUCUGUCGGCAAUAUUACUGUGAGCGGGCGAUCGAUGAUCCUACCUUCCACAUGUUGCCCGUCAUGACAGGAGCGGACAACCCACAAUGUCAAACACCUGAGGUCCAAUCUGCGGUCACAAAAUUUAUGCUUUAUGGCAGCCUGAUCUCUGGUAUUCUCUCUGCCAUUGUCAGUCCUAAGCUGGGAAAGCUGUCAGAUCAAUAUGGCCGGACAAAAGUCAUUGCUUAUACGACCUGCGGUAUGAUCAUGUGUGAGACAGCGUUCAUCCUUGUGGCUACGUAUCCGGACAUGCUAUCUGUGAACUGGAUUCUGGUAGGGUUCGUCUUCGACGGUUUAGGUGGCUCCUUCAUUGCAGCGAUGGCAGUCAGCUACGCUUAUGCUGCCGAUUGUACACCAGUAGGGCGGCGCAACGUCAUAUUCGGCUGGUACCAGGGUUGUCUUUUCGGUGGCAUUGCUCUUGGUCCAAUAUUUGGUGGAACCGUCGUUAAGGCCACAGGCAACAUUCUCUCUGUCUUCUACUUUGCCCUGGCGGCUCAUUUUAUAUUCUUCUCUUCCCUCCUCCUCGUAGUACCGGAAUCCCUUCCAAAGGCGCGGCAGCUUGCUGCUCGUGCAAAAGCCGACUUUCAUCGGCCUGAAGAAGGUGUCUCGCAUACUUCCUUUCAACAAAUUACCACCGCUGUGAAACGACUAUUUAGAGAAACAAAUUUCUUUGCUCCACUGGCAAUCCUCUGGCCUACCGAGCCCGGGACCAAUCCUGCUUUGCGCCGCAAUCUCUUCUUCCUGGCUGCGGUCGACACUACCAUGUUCGGGGUUGCGAUGGGAGCCAUGACUGUAAUACUGCUGUAUUCGGAGUACAGCUUCGGGUGGGGUAAUUUUGAGACGAAUGUCUUCCUCACGGUCGUCAACACGUGUCGAGUGACAGUCCUACUUGUCGUCUUACCACUCCUCACACGGCUGCUUCGUGGUCCUCCUAGCAAGGAUCGCCAAAAAGCUUCAGGCUGUGAUCAAAUUGAUCUUGGGAUCAUACGAUUUGGCAUCCUCUUUGACAUCUUGGGUUAUGUAGGCUAUACAACCGUUCGGACGGGCGAACUGUUUAUCGUUAGUGGCGCUCUCGCGUCCCUUGGUGGCAUGGUAUCGCCAACGCUUCAAUCAGCUUUGACGAAACACGUUCCACCAGACCGCACCGGCCAAGUUCUCGGAGCUCUGGGGUUGCUACAUGCUGCUGCUAGAGUUGUUUCUCCUCUUAUCUUCAACCUGAUAUAUGCAGAGACCGUGGGUAAAUUUGCGCAAACAGUCUUUGUGUGCUUGGCCGCAACAUUUGGUUUGGCAUUUGUUUUUGCGUGGUGCGUGAAGCCUAACGUCUAUUGGGAAGACCCUUAUGAAGAGACGGUGCAAGACUCAAAUGGUCAAAGUGAUGGUGCUUUGGAAAGACAGGAUGAUGACUGA